UCUCUCUCUCUCUCUCUCUCUAGAUUUUGCUUGUCUGAAAAUUCUCACUCUCCCCAAACCAAACAAGAAAACAAACACACAAAAUGGGUCUCACUUCUCUUCAAGUUUGCAUGGAUUCUGAUUGGCUUCAGGAAGCUGAGUCAUCAGGAGGAAGCAUGUUGGACUCUUCGACGACAUCUCCAUCAGCAGCCGACAUACUAGCUGCUUGCAGUACUAGACCACAAGCCUCGGCCGUCGCUGUAGCCGCCGCCGCUCUGAUGGACGGCGGAAGGAGGUUGCGUCCACCUCACGACCAUCCUCAAAAAUGCCCUCGUUGCGAGUCAACACACACUAAGUUCUGUUACUACAAUAACUAUAGCCUCUCUCAGCCUCGUUACUUCUGCAAGACUUGUCGCCGUUACUGGACCAAAGGCGGCACUCUAAGGAAUAUUCCAGUUGGUGGUGGUUGCCGGAAAAACAAGAAACCAUCUUCCUCUAACUCCUCCUCCUCCACUUCAUCAGGCAAAAAGCCAUCUAACAUCAUUACGACUAAUACCACCGAUCUUAUGGCCUUAACGCAUUCUCAUCAGAACUACCAAAAUGCACCUCUAGGAUUUUCACAUUUUGGCGGGAUGAUGGGGUCUUACUCAACUCCGGAGCACAGUAACGUUGGUUUCUUGGAGAGCAAGUAUGGCGGUUUGCUUUCGCAGAGCCCUAGACCUAUUGAUUUCCUGGACAGUAAGUUUGAUCACAUGGGAGUGAAUAAUGACAACCUGGUCAGGGUUGAUCAUGGAAGUAACGGAGAUCAUCAUCAUCACCAUCACAAUAAUCAUCACAUGGGUCUGAAUCACGGGUUAGGUCUUAACAACAACAACAACAAUGGUGGGUUCAAUGGGAUUUCUCCGGGAAGCAAUGGGAAUGGAGGUGGUCUCAUGGACAUCUCAGCAUGCCAGAGACUUAUGUUAUCUAAUUAUGAUCAUCAACAUUAUAACCACCAAGAAGAUCAUCAAAGGGUAACAACAAUAACGGAUGUGAAGCCAAAUCCGAAGUUGUUAUCGCUUGAUUGGCAACAAGAUCAAUGCUACUCCAAUGGUGGUGGUAACGGAGGCGUAGGAAAAUCUGACGGUGGUGGCUACGGUGGAGGUGGCUAUAUCAACGGUUUAGGUUCGUCGUGGAAUGGUUUGAUGAAUGGCUAUGGAUCGUCCACUAAAACAAACUCCUUGGUUUGAUAAAUUAAUCAGAACUUUUUUCUCUUGUCGUCAGUAAUGAGUAGUAGUAGUAGUAGUAGUAGUAGAUAAGCUAUGUACGGGUUUGUUUGCUUUGACAGUCUUAAAUCCGUAAUUAUCAUCGCUAGUUACGAAAGUAAUCUUGAUUAGGGUAUUCAGAGAGAUAUAUCGGUUUGUGUGUGUUCGUGUGGUUGAGGUGUAAUGUUACUCGAUAUAUAUAUAAUAUUUGCUCAUUUUACUUUUGAUAA